UGCAUCCACCGUGCUCAGGGAGAAGCGGAAACAUCCCCUUUGCCAGCUUCACUGUCCCUCCCUUUAACUGCCUCCACCCUCUCACCUUGUGGGGAGGCACGUAUAAGUUGGGGGGCCCUUGGGGCGCCCCGGCUUGUGUCACCCGGUGGUGAAUGAUUAAACCGGCUCCUCCCCCGGGAAGCUCAGCCGGCCCUCCUGGCCUUGGCGAUCGAGUCGGCCCUUCCCGGAAACAGGAGUCGGGUCACCAUGGAGGAGGAAGCCGGCUGGGGAGGGGAGGCCGGGGCGAGGAGCUGGGACCCAGCGGCCCGGGGACCCGCGCCAGGUCAGUCCCUCUCCACGCUGCUGAGCCAGCUGCCCAGUGUCGCCAGCGUCCGAUACCGGGGACCUGUGCCGGGGGGACCCCAGGAGGAGGAGGAGAAGAAUGAGGUGGGGGACUGGGCCGGGGGGCCCGCCGAGGAAACUCCCGAGCUCCAAAAUCCCCGCGAGCUGCCCUGGCCCAUGGAGGCGAAACGAAUGUUCUGGAGGCGGCUAAAGGCAGAGCAGGCUGGAGCCCAGGCUAGAGCUGGGGGCCAGCGAGGGAGCUGGGGGCUCCACCAGUUCAAAAAGGCUCAGGCUUGGACGGCAGAGAUCCUGCAGAGAGCUCAACCCUGGAGGGGAGACCUGCUGAAAAUCGGGGGUCACUUUGGCUCCGGGACUCAGGCCUACUUCUCCCUCUUGCGCUUCCUGCUGCUGCUCAACGUGCUGGGGGCUCUGCUGCCCAUCUCCCUGGUGAUGCUGCCCACCCUGCUGCUGGGCACGGGUGGGGACUCCCUUAACCCCCCCUCCAACACUUCCCUCUGCGGUCCCUACAAUCCUCUGCCCAACUUGCUGGUCAGCUACACCGAGCAGCUCUUCAAUCUGCUGUCUGGACAGGGCUACCUGGAGUGGUCGGUGCUGUUCUACGGUUUCUACCCCACGAUGGAGUCCGGGGGCUACCGGCUGCCCCUGGCUUAUCUGCUCUCGGCCGCGGGCGCCGGCCUGCUCUGUCUCCUGCUCAUCCUGCGCCGGUCGGUGGGGGGCCUGCGGCAGACCCUGCUGGCCGAGUCGGGGGCACUCAUCCGCUACAGCGACCGCAUCUUCUGCGGUUGGGACUUCUGCCUGUCAGACCCCAAGGCCGUCCGGCUACGACACAACACCGUGCGCUUCGAGAUCCAGGUGGAGCUGGAGGAGGAGAACGUGCGGCAGUGGGAGGCGGCCUGGACGCUGCCGAAGCGCAUGGCCAUGUGGGGGCUGCGGGGGCUGCUCAACCUGCUGGUCCUGGGGCUGCUGGGGGCGGCCUUCUUUGGGGUCUACUGGGCCACCCAGGAGUCCAUCCAGCUGCAGAAAGACCCCAAGGUGACCAACAACGCGUUCCUGAAGCUCCUAGUGGACUUCCUCCCGUCCAUCUUCAUCUCCGCGGUCAACCUGAUCCUGCCGCCCGUCUUCACCCUGCUGACCAAGUUGGAGGGGUAUACCCUGAGCCGCCAGGUCCUGUUCAUCCUGCUCAGGACCGUGUUCCUCCGACUCGCUUCCCUGGUGGUCCUCCUCCUCACCCUGUGGGCCAAGAUCACCUGUAAGGGGGACCCAAAUGCCCCGAGCUGCGAGGGCUGUGGCUACAACAGCAAGGAGCUGCCUUGCUGGGAGACCAUGCUGGGCCAGGAGAUGUAUAAACUGCUGCUGUUUGACCUGCUGACCGUUCUGGCAGUCAUCCUGCUGGUGCGCUACCCCCGCAAGUUACUGUGUGGGCAGUGCCCCGGGGCGCUGGGCCGCCUGGCAGGGACCCAGGAGUUCCAGGUGCCUGCAGAGGUGCUGGGGCUGGUGUACGCGCAGACCGUGGUCUGGAUCGGCAGCUUCUUCUCCCCCCUCCUGCCUCUGAUCAACGCGUUCAAGUUUGUCCUGCUCUUCUACCUCCAGAAGUUCACUCUCUUCUCCAUCUACUCGCCGGCCUCGCGCACAUUCCGAGGUUCCAGCGCCCACUUCUUCUUCCCCCUGGUGAUGCUGCUCGGGCUGGGGGUUUCGGCGGUGCCCGUCCUCUACAGCGUCUUUGUGAUCCAACCCUCUAAGUUGUGCGGGCCGUUCCGAAACAAGACAAGCAUCUGGGAUGUGGUGCCACAGGCCAUCGAGGAACUGCCCCUGCCCGCCCAGAACAUGUUUUUCUUCCUGGGGACCCAGACGUUUGCGGUCCCGCUAUUCCUCCUGGCCAGCCUCCUGAUGUUCUACACGAUAGCUCUUGCCAGUUCCUACAACCGGCUCAUUCACAAGCUCCAGAAGCAGAUAGAGUUGGAGAGCCAAAGCAAGAGGUUCCUGGUGCAGCAGACGGUGGAACUGAGCUGAGGGGCAGGAAACUCCUCUAGACUGUAAGCUUGUUGUGGGCAGGGAUUGCGUCCGUGUAUUGUUAUACUCUACUCUCCCAAGG